AUCAUUUCCAAAAUCUUAAGUGGUAGUAUUGUCUGCUUGUUUUUGUCACUUAAACAGUUUAAAGAAGAUAUUAAUUUAAUUGCCUAUAAAUAAUCUAUAAGUUUUGAAGUUACUUUCAUAUAAUUUUGUUGUUUGUUGCUUUAAGAAUAAUCAAAAUGAAAAUAUUAAUUGCAUUCGCAGCCAUCAUUUUGAGCGUCAGUGCUUUAUCACUUAAACAACAUUGGGAGAACUUCAAAGUCAAACAUGGCAAAGUUUACAAAAAUCCAAUCGAAGAAAGAGUCCGCUUCUCAGUUUUCCAAUCUAAUCUGAAACUUAUCAACGAACACAACGCAAAAUACGAACAAGGACUUGAAAGUUACACAAUGGGUGUCAACCAGUUCGCUGACAUGACUCCAGAAGAGUUCAAAGCCAAGUUGAUUCUGCAAACUAAGAACAUGCCCAACAUCGAGAAAAGCCUUCAUGUUCCCAAUCUAAAUGAUGAAGUUCCAGACGCUAUUGACUGGAGGCAAAAAGGUGCUGUAUUGGAGGUGAAAGAUCAAGGAAAGUGUGGAUCCUGCUGGGCUUUCAGUGCUACUGGUGCCGUUGAAGGACAAAACUACAUCGUAAAUGGUCAAUCAGUUCCUCUCAGUGAACAAGAACUUCUGGAUUGUUCCGGAGGAUACGGCGAUGGCAAUUGCCAUGAUGGUGGCCUUAUGACUAAUGCUUUUAAGUACAUUCAGGAUUUGGGAAUAGAAUCCGAGUCUGACUAUCCCUACAAAGCCGUAAGACAAUAUUGCACACGAAGUGCUAGCAAGACUGUAGUUCAAAUUCAAGGUUACAAAGAGCUAGAAGCUAAUGAAGAAGCUUUAAAACAAGCUGUUGGUGCUAUUGGUCCAAUUUCUGCAGCUAUUUUCGCUGAUCCAAUCCAGUUUUAUUCUGGUGGUAUUUAUGACAACAAAAAAUGCAAAGCUGAAAGAUAUCUCUUGGACCACGGAAUUCUGGUGGUCGGUUAUGGUGAAGAAAACAACAAACCUUACUGGGUUAUCAAGAACUCGUGGGGCAAGAGUUGGGGUGAAGAAGGUUUCUUCAGGUUGGAGAGAGGUGAAAAUUUGUGUGGGGUGGCUCUUAUGGCAAGUUAUCCUGUUUUGUAAAGGUGUACUAGUAAUUUAAAAUUAAAUAAAUAUUUCUGAAAAAUA